AUGCCAGACUACCCAGGACUUGGUCUCCCAUUACGCCAUGAUACGCACAAUAAAGAGGGUCACUAUCCCAUCGGAGCCCAUGGUAGCUGUUGGGGGGCUAAAUCCGACUUGAUCUCGAUCCGAGAGCUCGCUGCGAUGAGCAUCAUGGAUCGUCUUACUGACAAGGAAAACUGGCAUACUAAAGUCUUUGACGAUCUGAUUGUUUCUAAAUGGCGCGACGAAGCGUUGGCUAUUCCCGAUGCGUACUUCUGCAAUCUAGCGAGGCGCGACAAACGUCAAUACUGGGAUGAAAACGGCAACCUCCGCGUAGAAGCUGACAUCUUUUACGAGGAGGACAGCUAUAUAGAAGGCAUCAUUACUACGAAGACAUUCGAUUGCUGUAUCCAGGAACUCCGGAGCAAAGCCAAAUACUAUGAAAUGACUGGUCUCAUUCCGACCCUUGAUGCUUGCGCAUCUGUCGUUAAAUCAGACAAGCUCGUUUCGCCUGAACUGCAUGAGGCUCUGCGCCAGGCUUUCAGGAUGAUCAAAGACGAUCAGAAAUCGGACCCUGAUUGGCAUCCUACUACCAAUGGUAUGGUUCAGGAUCUGGUGCAUCCUUCAAUGUACCCAUUGGUGUAUGGACGCAGUAAAGUCUUCAAAGAAGAAGUUGUUGGAGUCGAUGAUGCCAUCGAAAAAUGGGCAGGCAAAGGCGAAGUUAUUCCAAAGGACGAUUGGAAGUAUGAUCCCACACGCGAUAGAUUCAGGUAUGGCGUUGGAUCCGGAGAGGUACCGCCUGAGUUUUGGUCAGACACAUACCAGUGGCUGCCUGCAAACGUUGCUUUCCAAGACGACGGAACAGUGAAGUUUACCAGCUACAUAAACAAUCUCCACCCACAGAGCUACCCGCAGGUCUACCACGCAAUUGAAAACUUGAUUAAGACUUCGCUUCCGGCCUGGGACCAAUGCCUUGUGUUUGCAGAGAGAUGGAGAAGAGGAGUCGGUGCUGGAAGAACUGAGCCCCGAAUUCCAUAUCCUGAUAAUCCAGAUGACGAGAACAAAGACAAUUGGAUCCCAUCCAAUCCCUAUGAGUGUGAGGAUCAGGUGGUAGAUUGGGAGGACGAGAAACUACGAAGACGUGGAUAUGGAUACGACCCUGAGUUUGAUGACGAAACCGAGAAGAAAUGGGAAUAUCUUCGUAAACCAGUGAUCCCCGAGCUCUCGUUUGAUGAGAUCAACUAUGCACCAGCACCGGAAAAUCGCCUCGCGCAGAAGUUUGCACAGUCUGGUCUUCAGGUCAUUGUCAAAAUGGCAUCCAUUGAACUUACACCUGAAAAGCCAGAUUUUCCAGUCGGUGGUUGGCAUGUUGAGGGCCAGCUAAAUGAACAUAUUUGCGCCACGGCCCUGUAUUAUUUGGACAGCGACAACGUUUCAACAAGCAACCUCUCAUUCCGUAUGCAAACCUCAGCCUAUUUGAAUGACGAUAUCGAUGUAGGACAAGAUUCCUAUCACUGGUUAGAACAGAUAUAUGGAACCUAUCUGGGUGGACGUAAUUCCCCUUGUCUGCAGAACUAUGGCGAAGUCGAAACGCACCAAGGGAGAUUGCUUGCAUUCCCAAAUGUCUUCCAACACCGUGUUUCUCCUUUUCACUUGAUAGAUCCGACCAAACCAGGUCACCGGCGUUUCAUUGCGCUCUGGCUUGUUGACCCUACUAGCCACAUCAUCUCGACAGCCAACGUUCCUCCCCAGCAAAUGAACUGGUGGCUAGACUCUAUCCUCGGAAACACGAACCGGGAAGCUGCCUUGUCUAAGCUACCAGCCGAGUUGGUGGCUCUAAUUAAUGAGAAAAACUUGGAGACAAAAAAUUCCGGGGUACUGCCUGUCGAGCUGAUGGAAAUGGUUCGCGCGCAUGAUGAAGGCCUGCCUAUGGGAUUGGAGGAAGCAAAAGAGCACAGAAUCCAGCUAAUGAAAGCUCGUGGUGCGUUCGUGAAGAAGGCUGAACAUGGAUGGCAACAGCAUGCAUACAGCUUCUGUGAGCAUUGA